AUGAGUGAAGUAUUGGAGGAGUUGGAAAACGAGGUGAUUGUGCCAAUUUAUCACCCACAUGAGCCACGAAGCCUUGGAGUGGAACCGAUGUCAGGGAUCUUGUUGCACGGGCCACCUGGGUGUGGGAAAACCAAGCUAUCCAAUGCCAUUGCCAAUGAGGCUGGUUUUCCCUUUUAUAAGAUAUGUGCCACUGAAUUGGCGUCUGGAGUUUCAGUAGUCGUAGCUCGUCCUGUCAAGCCGAUAAGGGCGGCCAGAGAAGCGUUGGAGGCUCAAUUUGAACAUGAAAAGGCUCAUCUCAGUUAUCAAGCACGGCCCGAGCGAAUGACUCCUGAUGUGAUCAUUUGUGAAAUUAACCCCAUAAGAAAAAGACCACGGCCAUCUGCAAGCGAAGGAUUCGAUCGGCUCCUCCGUCGGCGCAUCGAGUUGAGCGGGAAGAAACGCGCUUCUGUCGAUCAAUUGGUGGAAUAUCUUGGCUCCACCUACCGAGAGUAUGAACGCCACAAGCUCCAGCCUUUCACUAAAGGGGUUCAACAAAUACUUGAACAUAUGGAUGAUUGUAAUAAUGAAAAAUACAAUGAGGAAAGGAUUCCUUCGAGAAGAAAUAGUCCGAAGAAAGUUGAGGAAGAUGAAGAGAAAACGCGACUCAUAGAAAAGCAUCAUAAUAAAAUGAGGGCUGGGAGAAUUAAUGAUGAUUUUGAGAAUGAUAUUGGCUCGUCAUCAUCGAUGGCAUCAGCUGCUAGCACUAGUACUUCGGAAUCUGAAUCGAACAACUCAUCAGAGGAAGAUACUUGA